AUGUGUACGAUCGAGUCGCCGAUGCGAGCGAUGCGUUUAGAGCCUUCGUCCACACCAGUGAACAGCUUGGGCAAGUACUUUGCUGAUUCCCCGUCCCCUUUCGCCGGGCCGGGGGAAUCCUACCAGAGGCGGCAUCUUGGGAAGCAAGGGUUUCUCACGAUGUUACGUGUGAGGAGCGCAGUCUCGUUCGAUGGCGACGGUCGAGAUAUUCUCGAUGCAAUCCUCCCUCGAGUUCAUCAAGGACGCCGAUUCUUCUACGCUUUGAUUGACAGCGAGCUUCGUGAGUACGCUGACACCAUUGCUCUCAGCAACCUAUCACAAACACCAUGUCUUCGUCGAUAUGCCCUUCACAAUCCUCGCAGGCAAUGUACAGUUAGUGAUGUACCUGUCACGCCAGGACAAGCGGAAGCCUUGCUGCGCCAGAGUUUCCUACUAAGCAUCGAUGACACGACUCAAUUAUUAUUCACGGCAGCCAGUGCAAUCGAUAAGCAAAAGUGGAUGACCGAGCUCAACCAGGCACGGGUGCUUGGAGGGCUACAGCAUCCGGUCUCUAUCAAGGUGCAGUCGCCACGGCCCAGCGCUGCUACGCCACCUCCUGGUGAUCCAGCAGCACUCGCAGCAGUGGUGAUUGAUGCGUUCAAAGGACGUCGCAAGUCAAGCAUAAAGGGGCGGAAGCGGUCGUCUAUCUUCGUGCCGAAGCCCAAGCCUGAAGACACGCUGCAUGUAGAAUACCGCAUCAGCUGA